GUCCCCUUCCUGCGUGCAUAUAGCAGUAGCUUGAGCGACCAUUUCUACACCACUGAUGUAUCCGAAAUGAACAACAACGCCCUCGCUGGAGGCGUUUACGCCUUGGAAGGUGAUUCCGCAUUUCUCUGGUCCACACCUCAACCCGGGACCGUUCCCCUCUUCCGCCUUUACAACGAGAAGUCUACCGACCACUUCUACACCAUGUCCUCCGAUGAACUACCAGAAAUGAUGGAGAAUGGAUGGGCAUACGAUACCGCUCCUAAUCAUACCGCGGGAUACGUGUAUCCUUAUAGUAUUUGCGGUGCCGCACCAAUCUAUCGCCUAUUUAAUCCGACCAUUGUGGAUCAUUUCUAUACAAUGGAUGUCGCGGAGAGUCAGAAUGCGGUAAAAACUGGAUAUCAGGACCAGGGAAUUGCGGGUUUC